AUGUCGAACGCAGAAGUCGAGUCAGGGCAGCGGGCCCCAAAACAACAUGUUACGACCACUAUCGCAAGUGUAGACAUCGAUCCUCAAGCGGAGCGUGCUUUGGUCUGGAAGUUUGACCUUCGUCUACUUCCGGUGUUGGCAAUCAUGUACCUCUUUAACAGCUUAGAUAAGUCCAAUUUGGGCAACGCAAAGACUGCAGGACUCGAAGAGACACUUUCAUUGAAGGGCAAUCAGUACAACCUGCUCCUCAGCAUCUUCUUCAUUCCCUAUGUCUUGACUGCACCUUUCCUAGGCCUUUUGGGAAAGAGGUAUGGGCCAAACAUUGUGCUUCCUGGAAUGAUGCUUGCCUUCGGAAUCUGUACCAUUCUGGUCGUUGCCGUGUUCAACUUCGGUGGUCUUCUCGCUAUCAGGUGGUUCUUAGGCAUGGCGGAAAGUGCAUUUUUCCCGUUAGUGAUCUACUACCAAACGACGUUCUAUCGUCGCGGUGAGUUGGCUCGCCGAUUGGCCAUUUUCUAUGCCGCUCAAACCAUUGCCUCUGCCUUCUCUGGUCUCUUGGCCUUUGGAAUUUUUCGCAUCAAUUCGGGUCCAUUGGCUCCGUGGCGAUAUCUCUUUCUGAUCGAGGGCGGUGGAACCGUCAUCUUUGCACUCUUCGCACUUUGGUACCUGCCUCGGUCGGCCUCAGAGGCAGCGUUUCUUACUCCUCAGGAGAAGGAGCUCGCAUAUCUUCGACUGCAAAUUGAUAGUUCUUCCGUGGUCAAUGAGAAACUCGAUAUCCGGGAUGCAUUUCGUGUGUUUAAGCAUGGGACCAGCUGGGUAGUCCUGGCCAUCCAGGUUUGCCUCGGCGUUCCAUUGCAGUCUGUCCAGCUGUUCCUUCCAGUCAUUAUUCAGCGUCUGGGAUAUAGCACUGUCAAGACUAACCUAUACACUGUCGCCCCCAACAUCUCAGGGGCCGCCGUUCUUCUCAUCCUGGCCUUUGGCAGUGACUGGACGAGAUGGAGAUUUCCAUUCAUUGCCCUUGGAUUCUUGUUCACGUUUGUGGGAUUUGUGAUUUACGCGACCAUCGACGUCCAGGAGGAUCUAGCUCUUGCCUAUUUCGCUUCCUUCCUGAUGACCUGGGGCACCUCUGCUCCUUCUGUAUUGCUAGAUGCUUGGUAUAAUAACAAUACUGCUAACGAAGGACGCCGAGUGGUUUUGACAAGCAUUGCUGUCCCAUUAGCCAACUUGAUGGGGGUGGUCAGCUCUAAUAUAUUCCGGACGCAGGAUGCACCGAAGUACUUUCCAGCUUUGAUCACCACGGCGGCAUUUGGGGCAGUCGGCAUAAUCUUGACACUCUCGCUCGGGGCUUGGAUGAUGGCCGACAACACGAAGAGAGACCGACUGCAGGGAGUUCACGUCAAGGCAAGGGAUAUUCCUACGGAAUUACUUCAGGACGGGCCGGCCUGUGAGAACUUCCGGUGGUUUUAUUGA